AACACUUCAGGAACAAGAUGGCUGUCCCGGGACGAGACGAGCUUCUCGCUUUUUUCACCUAAACACAGCAUUUUUAACUCUGCCUCGACUUUUACCCAGAUACCUCAACAGUCAACGAGUUCACCUGACUAUCAGAACUAACUUUUUAACGGAGGACGUCGUUUUUCGAAACGGAAUCGAGAGUCUCUUCACGUCGCGCAGAGGAAAGUUUUAUAACGGUGUUGGUGAAGACGGCAGCAGCUGGAUGUGAGGAGGAGGAGGAGGACAUCGUCUGGGACUUUUACAUCAAAUGACCAGGUUUUUCUUACUUUCUCGGUCUUCUUGUGGAGAUAUCCUGAUGCCCAGGCAGUUUUAAGCUUCUUGAAACGCGUCCCGUGUUAAUUUUCUGGCGAGCCCUCAGCUCCUCCCGAUGCCCCAGGACGGUUAAAACUUUAGCGAAGUGAACCAUGAGUUCAACCCGAGUCAGACCGCAGCAGCUCCCGCAGAGCCCCGCGGCCAGGUCCCCGCACAGGCUGGACCACAGCGAGGGCAUCGAGAUGGAGAACAUCCAGCAUCAAGACCUGGGGCUCGGAGGGGUCGCGGGCACCCCGUCCCCUCCGUCCAGGCAGGCGUGGAGCCGGGAUAACCCGGGAUUUGAACCCGAGGACGAGAUCAUGGAAGCAGACUGGCCUCAAGCGAGUCCCGGGAGGAGGUCGGUGUCCACGGCCUCCAGCAGCAGCUGCAGCAGCGGCCCGGGAGGCUACCACCGCGGGGGCAGCAGCCCUCACAUCCCCCGGGGAGGACUGUACCCCACUCCCACCCUGGACGGCCAGCAGCAGGACAGGCACGAGCACCGCAGCUGCAUGAAGCAGAUCCUGCAGAAGAUCAGAAUUCUCUGGGGCACAGAGCUGAUGGAGGACAGCGACAGCAGUCGAGAGAGAUACCUGCGGAACAUCCUGAGGGAGAUGCUCACAUACAUGGCAUUCCUCAUCACUGUCUGUAUCUUGACUUAUGGGAUGGUGAGUGCAAACAUGUACUAUUAUACCAAAGUCAUGUCUCAGCUUUUUCUGGACACUCCGCUGUCUGCUGGGGAUCCCACUACGUUCAGGAGCCUCUCCACCAUGGAGGAUUUCUGGAAGUUCACUGAGGGGCCCUUCCUCAGCGGUAUGUACUGGGAGGUAUGGUACAACAACAAGAAUCUGCCGGAGAACCAGAGCCUCAUCUACUACGAGAAUCUCCUCCUCGGGGUGCCGCGGCUCAGACAGGUCAAAGUGCGAAAUGAGUCCUGCUCUGUCCACGAAGAUCUGAGGGAUGAGGUCCAGGACUGCUACAGCAUAUACACCCUGACCAACGAGGACACCGCCUCAUUCGGCCCCAAGAAUGGCACAGCGUGGGUGUACACCACUGGGAAUCAGAUGAACAGCAGCAGCUACUGGGGGCAGGUGUCUCAAUAUGGAGGUGGAGGAUACUACCAAGACUUGUCUCGCACCAAGGAGGAGUCGGCUGCACAUCUACAGUUUCUCAAAGACCACCUGUGGCUGGACAGGGGAACUCGAGCGGUCUUCCUUGACUUCUCUGUUUACAACGGGAACAUAAACCUUUUCUGCAUCGCCAGGUUGUUGGUGGAGUUCCCCGCUACGGGCGGGGUGGUGACAUCCUGGCAUUUCCAGACAGUGCGUCUGAUAAGAUACGUGUCCAGCUGGGACUACUUUGUCGGCGUGUGCGAGGUGGCGUUCUGCCUGUUCAUCCUCUACUACGUGGUGGAGGAGGUGCUGGAAAUCCACAUCCACCGGCUGCACUACUUCAAGAGCCUGUGGAACUGUCUGGAUGUUCUCAUUGUCGCGCUCAGCGUCGUUGCUAUCAUCAUGAAUGUAACCCGGACGGCCAUGGUUGGAAACCUGCUGACAGGCCUGUUGGAGAACCACACUGUUCACCCCAGUUUUGAGCCUCUGGCUAACUUACAGAUCCAGUUUAAUAACAUGGCUGCAGCGAUUGUGUUUUUUUCCUGGGUCAAGCUUUUUAAGUUUAUAAACUUCAAUAAGACCAUGAAUCAGCUGUCCAGCACCAUGUCUCGCUGUGCCAAGGAUCUCGUGGGCUUUGCCAUCAUGUUCUUCAUCAUCUUCCUGGCAUACGCUCAACUUGCGUACUUGGUGUUUGGAACUCAAGUCAACGACUUCAGCACUUUUCAAGCCAGCAUAUUCACCCAGUUUCGCAUCAUACUGGGAGACUUCAACUUCUCAGAGAUUGAGGAAGCGAAUCCAGUGCUCGGGCCCAUCUACUUCACAACCUUUGUUUUCUUCAUCUUCUUUAUUCUCAUGAACAUGUUCCUGGCUAUCAUCAAUGACACUUACUCAGAGGUGAAGGCUGACAUGUCUCAGCAGAGGUCCGAGAUGGAAAUGACUGACCUCAUUAAGAAGGGUUGUAACAAAGCACUGAUGAAACUGCGACUGAAGAAGACGGCGGUGGACGACAUCUCCGACAGUUUGCGUCAAGCUGGGGGGAAGCUGAACUUCGACGAACUUCGUCAGGAUCUAAAAGGAAAGGGUCACACAGACGCAGAAAUUCAAGCCAUCUUCGCUAAAUACGAUCAGGACGGCGACCAGGAGCUGACGGAGCAUGAACACCAGCAAAUGAGGGACGACCUGGAGAAAGAGAGAGACUUGGAGCUGGAACGCAAUUCGCUGACCCGACCCAGCAGUGGGCGGAGCUUCCCUCGCACCCAGGACGACUCGGAGGAGGACGACGAUGAAGACAGCGGUCACAGUUCUCGUCGCCGUGGCAGCAGCUCAGGGGGCGUCUCCUACGAGGAGUUUCAAGUGCUGGUGAGGCGUGUGGACAGGAUGGAGCACUCCAUCGGCAGCAUCGUGUCGAAAAUCGACGCUGUGAUUGUGAAGCUGGAAGCCAUGGAGAGAGCGAAACUGAAAAGAAGAGACGUGCUGGGGCGCCUGCUGGACGGAGUCAUGGAGGACGAGCGUCUGGGACGGGACACUGACGCCCACAGAGAGCAGAUGGAGCGGCUGGUGAGGGAGGAACUGGAGCGAUGGGAGUCGGACGACAUGGCCUCACAGGUCAGCCACCCGCAGCCCGCCACGCCCAUCGGCCCCCGGCCCCGCCCCCCAUCCUCGCUGUCCACCGACGGCCUCGACGCCAGCACCACCGUCAGCAGCCACGUGUGAAAAGUUGGUCUGCAGAGAUUAUUCCACUAUUGAAAAAAAAAGAAAAACACUUUUGGAAACCUCCCAGCAGUAUUAACUCAGUGUGGGACAAUUUAAUAUUUCAUCUUAAUGAAGAUGUUGAAAUUAUUUAACAAAUUGUAAUGCAAAAAAAAAUAAAAAAUCAAUACACCUCAAUUUGAACAUCAAAUGCACCUGGAAGUGUUCAAUCUGUCCUGUAAAGAUGGAUCCAUUGAAAACAUGAUGACAGAAAACUUUAAAGAAGUCUGAAAAACGAUGAAGGACUCAGCGUUCCGUGGGUUUCACACCAGUCGACAAGCUUCCUCAGCAUGAUUUUAGCAUUAUAUGCUCACCUGCUUCUGAUCACUGUAUCUACACAUCUUAGCAUUUACACAGAUAUUCCAAAGGUAUUCCUACGAAUGUUCAUGUUGUUGAUUAUUGUUUCAUUGUUUUGAUAUCCAGUAGGUACAAGUGUGGCACAUUCUGUCAUAUUUACUCAUCUUCUGUACGUCAGUAAAGCUUCAAAAUAAGUAGCUUGCCGCCUCAUACUUAUUGUAACUUGAAACAAACUUCGAUUUGGAGUGCAUCUACUGUUCAUGGGAAACCCAUGCAUUUAUUGUUAUUAUUGUUAUUGUUAUGGUGCCUUGCCUUUUUUUUAUUGCAAUUUUUUUUUCAAAUUGCUCUGCCAAAUAAAGUUUUAUUAAAACACA